UUAUGAAAUCGGGAGACAUGUCGGACACAAUUUGCGGUGGCGCUCGCGAAGCUAAGGAGCUAGGUCUUUAGCAGUCCGAUGAGUACAAGUCAUAGUUACAGACAGCUAUUCUGAGCAACACGGCAGUGUCAAACCUCUUCGUCUGGUUGUGUUUUUAAUAGGACUUAGUGAAAAUGUCUGCGGCUUCGUGUGACUGCGUGUAUGUCGUCGCUCUGACUUGAUCGAGACUUGAGCUAACGUUAGCCUGUUAGCAGUCCGGGUUGUUUACCACAUCAGCCCCACCACCACUGUGGCUCUGCACGGAUUUCCACUGAACAUUGAGCUACUUUAAGGGGUGUCACGGAUUUAUAAGAUGUUCCUGGUGGGGCUGACAGGAGGUAUUGCCUCAGGAAAAAGCACAGUGUCUUCAAUGCUGCGGGAGCUUGGCUGCCCCAUUAUCGAUGCUGAUGUUGUGGCCAGGAAAGUUGUGGAGCCUCACACUCCUGCCUACUCCCGCAUCGUCUACCACUUCGGGCCAGAGAUCCUGCUUGAGAACGGCGAGAUUGACCGGCAGAAGCUGGGUCAGCUCAUCUUCGCCAGUGAGGAGAAGAGGAAGCUGCUGAACUCCAUCACCCACCCGGAGAUCCAUAAAGCAAUGCUCAAAGAGAUCCUGUUCUACUUUCUCAGAGGGUACCGCUACGUCGUGCUGGAUGUGCCGCUUCUCUUUGAAACCAGGCGUCUCACUCAGUUUCUAAACCACACUGUUGUAGUUUACUGUGACCCUGCCACUCAGCUAUCGCGCCUGAUGCAGAGGGACGGCCUGACCCAGGAGCAGGCCGAGCAGCGCGUGGCUGCACAGAUGCCGCUCAAUGAAAAGCGUGGCUUGGCCAAUCAUGUUAUUGAGAACUCAGGCAGCCGAGAGGACACCCACCGGCAAGUCCUGCGGCUGCACACAAAGCUGGAGGACUCCAUGGACUUCCUGUUAGUGAGGGCCAUUGCUAUUGCAGCCACUGCUGGUCUGGGUGGGAUACUGCUGUAUGCAGUCAAGAUACUUUUAUCCUAACAGAGGACAGGCGAGGGGGAGGAGGAUAAAGGGUAUUUGGUCCAGGAUGUGGUCAGAGAUGAGGGUGCGAAAAAGAAGCAGGCGAUAGCACGUCAGGGUGCAAUUUACUGUGAGAUUACCUCUACAGCACCAACUGCUACAGCUCAGAGGUGUGACAUGCUCUGUUUGCAGUGAACACUGACUUACAGUUUUGACACAACAUGCACUGACAAAUAUGGUUUGGUGUGAAGGGUUGCUAUGUGCAGUUUGAGUUGGUUUUGGUCAGAUAUUUAACACAUGUGAAGCUCAGUCGUUGCACACACUUCCCCGAUACAGCGAUGACAGUCUGCGACCAAAAAUGUGGUUCAGCUUUUCGUUUUUGGUGCAAAUCUUAACUAACAUUAGUGGGGAAAAAAAAGGCAGAACUGACAAUUGUACAAAAAAGUAAGAGAUUUUAUUCUGUUAGACCUUUUGCACUGAAUUGAAUGAAUGAUUAUCCAAGCUAGCAAUUUUGGGUGACUUGUAUAGAUUUUAAAUACCAAUACCAGAGAACAAAUGAAAAAGUCAAAAAAAGCUGUACAGUCUUAACAACUCUAGAUGUGCAGAAGUCACCGUGGCUUGUGGUUCGCGGACUGUCACCUUUUAGUUUUAGUGCGAAAUGUCAAUGCUAUCCCCAGUCAUGAAUAUUAUAAGUUUAAAACAUUGUAGGAACCGUCUGAGGCUUGCAAAAUAUGACUGUAUGAUAAUGACCUAUGUAAUGAAGAUAAACGACAGAAUGUGUUGGACAAUCCAUUUUUUAAAUGGGAACAGUUUGAAUUUACAUGAAUUAAGAGACUUUAUAUCUAUCACUGUAUUUUCUUACACUUGAAGCUGUCCUCUGUAAAUAUUAAGUGUUUUCUGUGUACUCUCACUUGUAACUCAAACACAACGUUUGUAACACUAGCUGCUUAAAUGAAGUCUAAAUGAUACAGUG